AUGAAGUCGUUAUGGGUACAAUGGAUGCAUGACUAUAAGAUAAAAGGUUCAUAUUUUUGGGUGGUUGCUCCUCGUGGAAGUAUGAGUUGGGGGUGGAGGAAACUGUUACAAAUGCGAGACACUAUUAGACCGUAUAUUUGGAAGAAGAUUGAUAAUGGUGUAAAUACCUUUGUAUGGACAGAUAAUUGGUGUGUCGAGAGCCCUUUGCUCAGUUUUAUCACUCCAAGGAUGAUUGCAAGUGCUGGGUGCAAUCUGAAUAGUAAAGUGGCUGACCUUAUUCGGGACAAUCAAUGGUUGUGGCCGGAUGCUUGGUAUAAUGUGUUCCCUGUUCUAAUUCAUAUACCACAUAUACAAAUCAAUGAUAAUGAAGAUCGAAAUGUAUGGAAAUGUUCGAAUGGUGUAGAGACUGAUUUUUCUUCAAAAGUGGUUUGGGAUUCGUUGAGAAGGAAACAAGGUGAAGUCGAUUAG